UCCUGGGAUUUCAGUCUUGCGCCAUCACUGCGUAGCUUGAGAGUCUGUGAUCUUAAGAGAACGUGAUUUGUCUGGGCCCGAAAACUUCUCCCUGUCCCCUGGGUUCUGUGUGGGCCCAGAAGAUGUGUGUCCUCCAACUUCAAGGCUGCAGAUCUCCAGGUUCAGGUGACCGGGGAGCCACAGAAGAAGCCGGGCCCUAGCCAGCCGCUGCUGUUCGGAAAGACAUUUACAGACCACAUGCUGAUGGUGGAGUGGAACAGGAAGACAGGCUGGGGCCCUCCAAGGAUCCAGCCCUUUCAGCACCUGACGCUGCAUCCCGCCUGCUCUGCCCUGCACUACUCCCUGCAGCUCUUUGAGGGCUUGAAAGCAUACAGAGGCAGGGACCAUCAGGUACGCCUCUUCCGGCCCUGGCUCAACAUGGACAGGAUGCUACGCUCUGCACAGCGCCUCUGCCUGCCAGGCUUUGACAAGCAGGAGCUUCUGGAGUGCAUCCGCCGGCUCAUUGAAGUGGACAAAGACUGGGUUCCUGAUGGCAAUGGAACCAGCCUCUAUGUGCGGCCUGUGCUGAUUGGGAAUGAGCCCUCUCUGGGAGUCGGUGUGGUCACACAAGCCCUUCUCUUCGUCAUCCUUUGCCCUGUGGGCUCCUACUUCCCUGGAGACUCCAUGACACCUGUCUCGCUCCUGGCCGACCCCACCUUCAUCAGAGCCUGGAUGGGAGGGGUUGGUGACUACAAGGUGGGGGGGAACUACGGGCCCACCGUGGCUGUGCAGCAAGAAGCCCAGAAGCAGGGCUGCGAGCAAGUCCUCUGGCUGUAUGGGCCAGACCACCAGCUCACCGAGGUGGGCACCAUGAACAUCUUCAUCUACUGGACUCAUGAGGACGGGGUGCUGGAGCUGGCAACCCCCCCUCUGGACGGCAUCAUCUUGCCCGGAGUGAUUCGACAAAGCCUGCUGGAUCUGGCCAGGACUUGGGGUGAGUUUCGGGUGAUAGAGCGCAAGGUCACCAUGAAGGAACUGAAGCGGGCGUUGGAGGAGGGCCGGGUGCGCGAAGUCUUCGGGUCAGGCACUGCUUGUCAGGUCUGCCCGGUGCAUCAGAUCCUGUUCGAAGGCAAGCAACUCCACAUUCCCACCAUGGAGAACGGGCCGGAACUCAUCCUGCGCUUCCAGACGGAGUUAAAGGCUAUUCAGUAUGGAGCCCGUGGCCACGAUUGGAUGUUUCCGGUGUGACGCUGUGAGCUGUGCCCUCACUGGUUGGAUCCGCUGGUCAUGCCGUACAGCGUCCUCGCCUCCCAGAGACUCACAAGUGCAAUAGAAAAAGGUCUGACCGGACAGCUGGGACUCUGGCGCCCUCAUGUGGUCGCUGCACUCCAAAGCCUUAGGGGCGGGACCCAGGCAAUUUCCCCCGCCCCCCCGUCCCUCCCCCCC